AUGCAUAAAAUUCAGGUUAUUGUGCUCUGUGUGGUCCUAUCGGGUGGGGUGUUAUGCAACGUGUACGCUGCCUUUGCUCUCAGUCGGUCCAGUAUCAGUUCACUUUUAUCGAGGCUGUUGUUAUACAAUCAGAAUUUCAUCGAUGCCACAUACACUCUGCUAACCAUUUUAUUAAUAGCCACAAACAAUUUCACAUUACCCUUUCCCAACAACGCGGUCGAUCCGUUUGUCUGUUAUUUUCUACAAAGUGGCUAUUUGUCGCGUGUGGUUCGUAUAAUCCUGAUGUGCAAUAUUGUUUGCCAGUCCGCGGACCGAUUUUGGGCAAUUGUUUAUCCAAAUACGUACCAAGUGAAUACGAGACGUUAUAUAAUCGUGUGUUACUGCUGCACUCCAACUUACGCUUGCCUCAUUUCGUUGAGUCGGGUACUCAAAGUAUUAUCGUGCAACGGACUUUGUAUAGCACGACCACUCUUGGUAAGUGACCGCACAAUAAUGAUCAUUGAAAGUAUUUUACGCUAUGGUCUACCCAUGUCAAUUUUGAUCACUCUGAAUGUGGUAGUCGUACGACGGUUGUACCAAUUAGGUUUGAUUCAUCUAUCAAAACAGAAGACAGCUAGCUCCACUUCGAGGACCGAGUCAGGAAAGCAACUGGACAAUGCGACACGCGCCAUUAUCUCCGUUCAGAUGGGGAUACUUCUCAGUGCCAUUGUGUUGAUGCUAGAGAUGACCAUGAUGGAAUUGGUUUCGGUCACACUGUCGAUCUUGGACGAUUUGGAAUUGGUUGAUUUUUCCGUAAAUUCACUCAGCCGUUUGUACUAUUGUGUUUUACUAUCUCUAGUGACUGCGUUUAAUCCGUGCCUGGAAAUGUUAACCAUUCCUGCUCUGAGACGUACGGUUUUGGAACAAUGGCGCAAUCAAAUAUCCGGCUUUUGUGUGAAAUGA